CUCAACGAAGACUCUCACCGACUCCACCGCUACUUUGUUGUUGGGACGCUAUGGAUGCUGCUAUUCAUGUUGACGACGUUGCCCCGGGUCCAGGGCCCGCGAAGUAAAGGAUGGCGGGGGUUACUUUCGAAAAAUACAGGACUGGACUGGAGCGGAAAAAGUGAGGCGAGUCGUUUUCCUACUCUUAUUUGAGGAUUAGCCGUGUGUCGGGACCAUCCCACAUAAUUAUCCCCAGCAUUUGGAUCCCUCCUUCGUCUACCUGCUCCCAAUGCGCCACUCGCUACUGCUCCAUAUUUGGCUGCAUUAUAAUCCCUUGUUUUAGUUCUUUUCAUUCCUAGUUGUCCCACUUACUCCAUUGAUUUUUGCUCUAUCCAUCAUAAUGAGAGCAAGGGACGGCGAUAAUUGAUCUGACAAAGCUACAUGAGAUAAGUGAAACAAUGGCGGAAAAUUCUUUAUCAUCAAGGGCUUUGAGAGGACUUUCGUUUUCUAUGCCCUCUCUUUGUCCAUUAUGACAGACAAACGAAGGACGAUUGUUAGGUUAACCCCACGACGGGGAGAAAGAGCAAGGAAACGAAACAGAAAAAGCAAAAAAUACAACCAGGGAAGAAAGAAAGAAAGGAAAUGGCAGAUCCUCCACCAACAACGCAGUCUCGACUCCUGACUCACUAAAUCCAAUCAGUGACCACCCGGUCACACUUGAAAUCGGCAACUAAAACUCCGGCAUGGUUUUCUGUCUAAUCGCACAACCUACUUGUUGCCCUCUCCGAUAAGAUAACCAACUGUAGUACCGGCCAAGGAAUCAUUUUACACAAACUAUCUGUGGGGAGAGAGAGUAAUCUCAAGGAAUUUGCCUUUAAUUUGACCUAUGGGAAGCAGAAGAAGUAUUGCAACAUUUUAAUCUUGCUCCAUGAUUCUGUGAGGAAGGGGGCGCCAAAGACAACUAUGUCUCGAUACGGCCAGUGUGACUUGGAAAUACACGUACAUUCCAUACCAGAUUUCCAAUCGGCAGAGGGCUGAUGAUGCAUUCUAUGACGGACCGCAUUGGCCUAACAACCAUGAUUGUCUAGCCAGUUCAUCCUUAAAAGAAGGGCCAACGGAUUGGAAAAUGUCAUGAAUUUCAAUUUCGGAAAUAUCCGAUCCAUGGGAAGAAGGAAGGGACUCAGGUAGGAUGGCUGGUGGCUUUAAGUGCAGGGAACUACCUCUUGACAAUCGACCUUUCUGUUGACAGAAAAGUUGUAACGCACAGCAACGCUCUUGACCACGACCACCUGCAACAAGCCCCAAGUCACGGCCGCCCACUACCCUCAAUAAAAGGCUGGUCUUCGCGUAUUACUGACGGGUACCAGCAUAUCUAGUAUCAAUGGGAUAUUCGAUUCUGCAUCCUUGAUUGCGACUUGUCCUAGCAUUUUUGGAAUACCCUCCAACGCCUUGAAUUUGGCAAGUACGAAAUGAAUAGGAAUUCCUAAGCCCACCAGCAGCGUCCUGGUCGAGGAAGAACAUACAAAAUAUUGUAGUAGAUUGAGAUAUGCCAGUUCCGGCAUGUGUUUACCAGAUUCACCACCAAUAUGGGCGAGCCACAGUAUCAAGAUACCCCCGUGCAUAAUGCCCGGCUUUAAUAAUGGAGAGAAAAACUGUCCAUGCCGAAUUCUCCAAUUGAACUGUUCGCAGAUUGGGUAAUGCGAGGUAGUCAGCAUAGCUAGUGGCUGACAGCCUCACUUUUACAAUAUCCAAGCAAACUGAAACAAUGUGGCAACUCUUGACCAUUGCUUUCUUCUUCUUAUCCUGGACUCGGCUACCUCGCUACACUUUGUCCAAGUUCCUAAAGUACGCUUAGACCCGUCGUUAAAAUAAAUUAAGGUUGACUACUAAACGCUCCAAAUGCCACAGAAUUUAAUUAUCGAUCUCUUCGCUCUAAUAUUUAAUUGAUUAUUGAAGUGCUUCCGCUUGUCAGUAAAUACUUUUCUACAGUGCCUCACAUCACUCACCACGAACCAUUCAGCGCGGGCCGCCCUGACCCAAACUUGCCGAACAAUUUGCAUGCUAUCUUGUACGGUAACCCUUUCUUUUCUCUCUCGAAAGGCGUUUUUGUUGCCUUUUCAAAGAUCAUUCCUUUCUUAUGAGAUAUUAUCAGGACUGUCGCUGAGACUGCUUCGCUGGCUUUCCAGGAGAUACCAAUCUACCGUUUGCAGCCAAAACAAACGUCUUCUUUAUCAAAGCGGGCCACUGUAAAGGGGAAGAAGGCAUUGUGGAUAGUAGAACACUUUCUACCCUUUUCCUUCCAGAAGAAGCUUGAACAUAACGUUCUCUUCCAUAUGGAGACGGGUUUGCAAAACGAAGAGAGAAGAGCGCAUGGGGAGAGUGAAGAUGUGUCUAACAAAUCAUACUACGUCACAAAUGAUUCAAAUGAUGAAUCUCAAAAUGCUUUGGGGAAAUUGGGUCAAAACUCACAGUCUCCGCGUGGAGAUCAUUCACCUGCUCUCAUGAAUGAAAGUCCUCCCAGAGCAUCAUCACCGACUGCUGAUGGCGACUAUCCAUCACCACACUCCUCAGUCGCCGACAUAAACAGCAAGGCAAUGCUGAUUCCGCCUCAGCUGAGUCUUAGCCCGGAAGAGGUGUUAUUAUUGCAUCGCGCCAGCAGGUUCCCGCCGGUGACGGCAGAUUCGCUCUCUGAACUUGGCCUAGAUGCCAUUAUGAAGAACACCCAGCUUCGCAUGGAUGUCAAUUUUGAUAAGGAUCUUCAUUUUCGACCUGUUGGUGGCCCUGCGAAGGCCAAAAUGGCCAAUGACUACUGGCAAGCCAUAGCCAUCGAAAUUUCGAUAUUUAACUUCGGCGCCUCCAACAGCAUCAACUUGUUUUUUGGUGCACGCAGGUCUUCUUCUUGCCAGGUUUUCCAGGCAAGACUACCAAAUAUGCUUGAUGCACUGAGAGAAAUACUGUUGACUCUUGUUCCCGAUCGCGACCGUGUGUAUAUUAAAGAACACUUAGAUACCAAGUUCCUCAUGACGCAGGUUGAAAAAGGGGUCCUAAAUCUGGUCAGACUUGCCGAAUGGCUUGCCAUCCUGUUGAAAACACAUUGUGCGCCAAUGAGGGAUCAUAUGUCGGAUGAUAUGGUCGAACAUAUUCGAAAUGGAUGCCAAUUUCAAGAUAUGAAUGAAGUAUCGAAAGGCCUCCAUCAGCUUUUUGCGAUACUUGAGUCAAUGAAACUGGAUGUCGCAAAUCAUCAGAUACGUGCAUUCAGAUUAUAUUUGAUCGAGGACUCUGUUGAGUAUCUUCGAAAACACUACGAUUUCUUUAUAAAGAAAUCCAUGAAGUCUUCUAGCGAAGCUCAAAAUUCAAAAAUCUGGUAUUUUGUGCACUGGCGAGAGUUCCACACCGAUUCAGAACCAGUCCACAACGAUUUCGAAUCUGCGAAGAUCUUAUUCGAAGCUUUAUCUUUAAAUCUCUGCUCCUUUUGCCAACCCCCGUUUCCUGAUUCCUUCGCGCUCGACUUCGACCGACUAUGUAAUAUUCGAACCAAUAUCGAGACAUUCACUUUGCUUCGACUAUGUUGUCAGGCGUUCACCAUGGUUGUUAACGGCGACGUUUCCGCAGCGCUAUAUUACUCUCUUCAGUCUCGCAUACUGUCAAUCCUCCAGUAUGAUGAACACACCCCUCACGAAAAUGAUGUAUCCGGACACUCCCUGAUCGCCCGGUUCGAAGCCAACACGCCUAGUAUUGCAUUAGAAAUUGCACGGAUGGCUCAUAUGAUGAAAGAAGGAAGCAGUUUGGUUACGUGUCCGGACACACGCGUCAUCCACUUCAUAUCAGAUCAGCUUUCUCCCAGAAACCGCCCUUUCGAGGCCGUCCGUCAAUGCGUUCAACGCGAGUUAAAAAAUAUUGCAGUUAACUUCGCGAGUCAGUACUGGCAUAUGACCGCGCUUGACAUUGCCGACUCCCAACAAUUCGAGCAACGAUCCGACUACGUGUCGUGGCCGCAGGUACCCGAUAUCCAAUGCCUCGGAAAACGCCUGGCUCAUAUCGGAGUGUUACAUUGGAGGAUUUGGGCGCCGCUUCUUUAUUACCCGGGAGAGGGGGGGUUGAGUGGAUCACGUUUCGUCGCUCCUGGAGUUGUCGAUGAGAUGUGAUGAAAGGCUCUGAGUAUUCCUGAUCCUCCAAGGGUUUAGCCACGUAAUACAGGUAACUAGACCAGAUGCCUCGUGAAUGGAAGCAAUCAUUGCCUUUGCCUAUUUGUACAUAUAUUUUGCUCCUUACUUUUAUCUAUCCCUCUUUGCGUUGACAUUUUCUCUAGGUACUUUAAGUAUUAUCUUGUCAUUAGCCAGCUUUUUUUUCAUUCACUUUUCCCUUCCCAUUAUCCCCAUAAAAUCCCCUCUUUCUGUUUCAUUUUUUGCUUCUUAUUCCUUUUAUCUCGUCAACAGUUAUAUGCACAUUGGGAGUUUUGGCACUUAUGAAGAUACCACGUUUACACCAGAGCCAACAGAUGCGGGAAGUUGGAGAGGCUAGGUAUAGAAUGUUCUGCUUUGUUUUAAAAUAAUAGUCUUUUUCACAGAGGAGCCGAAAUCAUUUGGGAGGUAUGAAGGGGAAACCAGAGGACCCUACGACUUCUUGAGUUCAAGUCUGUUUACCCUUUUCUUUUCUUUCUUUUUUCAUUUUUUUUCAUUUUCAUUUUUUCUUCAUUUUUUCUUUCUCUUGUUUUUAACAAAACUUCUUCUAGAAACAUUCACAAAUUUCUAAUCUUCCUAUUUCAUCUCACAAUCCGUCUCGUCCUCGAAUGUAGACUUAGGUGAACCACAAUCUACUUCCUCAGGAGAGCAAAGGUUGAAAAGCUCGACAGUGAUCUUAUUUUGUUUCGGGAUUGGAAUUGGAGGAGUUGGAGAAACAUACAACUUAUAAUGUCUAAUUAAACAGAUUAUUUGCAGAAAUUUACUUUUCAUCUCUUCCCA